AUGAACGGGUCAACAUAUGGCCGCUCUGAGACCACCGACAAUACCACACCCUUCCCUAAGAUUGACGAGGAAGUGAGCGGCAGCGGGCAAGAAAGAGAGCUACGGGAAACUAACAGGCUCAAAAAGCGCACUGACAGUGCUGCUGGUCAGAAGCGGUCUGCCUCGGGCAAUCUGCUCUCGCGAUUCCUGCGAACGAACAGCGACCAAGAGAAGAAGAUAGAAGCCGCAAGUCGAGAUGGCUCAGACAUUUCAGCCCCUGGCCGAACCGCCAUGCCCGAAGCGCAGGCUCAGAGCAAGAGGAAGAGGAAAGGAUCACUGAGGAAAACGGUGCUGGGAAAAGGACGAGACAGGAAGACAGGCGAUGUCAAGAAAUCUCCUCUCUCGAGCGCAGAGUCUCCUUUUGUGCAGCCUACGGAUGAAGAACAAGAAGCUCCACCGACACCUCGAGCAAGUCAAGAUCUGUCAAGCCCUGUAUCGCCUGAAUCUCCUCCGUCAUGGCCGUUUCGGACACUAUCACGGGUCUCCAUUCCCUCGAUUCGCAGCAGCGUUGCCUCAAUAGAUCCAGCUUCGUCUGCUGCCUCGAUCAUAAGUCCUCUUCUGCCCACCACAGACGCGGAGACAGACGACGACGAUUUAGUCCUGCCGCGAAUACCAGGCUUGCGCAAGCCAGUCUCCACCUCCUCUUUCGGCACCGACUCUUACUUCCCCAUCCAAGAUCCCGUGCGGCGCAUGUUUGGUUCUCGCACACGAUCCCCUCUAGCCACACAGCCGCAGUCGACCGCAGGUACACCAUCAGACGAGGAAGGAUGGGAUUACUCCGAGACCGCAUUCUGGGGCUACGUGAUCUUAAUUGUGACGUGGAUAGUGUUUGUGGUGGGUAUGGGCUCUUGCUUCGGUGUGUGGUCAUGGGCUUGGGAUGUGGGAGAAACACCCUAUGCGCCGCCUGAGCUGGAAGAUGAUCCUACAUUGCCCAUCGUCGGGUAUUAUCCAGCUCUACUCGUUUUGACAUGCAUCAUGGCCUGGGUGUGGGUGGUGGUCGCGUGGGUGGGCAUGAAGUAUUUCAGACACGCCGAUUUCAGAGGAGACGAUGGUUAA